UCCACCUCUAGACGAUCGUUGUUUCGAAGUUUGCUCCGCGGUUGGCGUAUUUGUAUUCGGUUCUUUUUCGCUGCAAGUUCAAAUUAACUCGGCCAAUAAACAAGUGCAAUAAGGCCCGAAAAUGCCAAACAGUCUGUAGCGCCUAAUUAACCUGUUGCUCGGUCGACUUGUGCUGGAAAAGCUUACUAAACAAUCGGCGCGCUGCACUUUUCCUGCGGUUGUCGGUGCGUGACCUAUUUAUGUAACCUGUUUUUAAAAAAGAAUAUCCCGCUUUCGACUGGUCCAAAAAGUGUUAAUUAAACCGCAAUACGAGACCUACAGUUCAGUUCCAAAAAGAGAAGAGUGCAAAUUCUGAGGCAACAAUUAAGAAAAAUAAUACAAGAGGCAGCAGCGAAGAGGAACGGGCUUUUGUCUCUGGAUGCCAACGCAGGAUCAGUAAAUGAAGGACGACGAAUAUGGUGAUUGUAACACGUGGUGACUACAUCUGGAUAGAGCCCGCCUCGGGGCGAGAAUUCGAUGUGGCCAUUGGAGCACGUGUCGUCUCCGCGGAGGGUCGUCGCAUCCAGGUGCGCGAUGACGAUGGCGACGAGGUCUGGUUGGCCCCCGAGCGCCGCAUCAAGGCCAUGCACGCGUCCUCCGUCCAGGGAGUGGAGGACAUGAUUUCCCUGGGCGAUCUGCACGAGGCUGGUAUCUUGCGGAAUCUGCUUAUACGCUACAAAGAGAAUCUGAUCUACACCUAUACCGGUUCCAUAUUGGUUGCCGUUAAUCCCUACCAGAUCCUGCCUAUCUACACGGCCGAUCAGAUCAAGCUCUACAAAGAACGUAAAAUCGGAGAACUUCCGCCGCACAUCUUUGCGAUUGGAGAUAAUGCGUAUGCGCACAUGAAACGAUAUCGCCAGGAUCAGUGCAUCGUGAUAUCCGGAGAGUCGGGAGCUGGCAAAACCGAGAGCACAAAGUUGAUCCUGCAGUAUCUGGCUGCGAUCAGUGGCAAGCAUUCGUGGAUCGAGCAGCAAAUCCUCGAGGCGAAUCCCAUUCUGGAAGCCUUCGGAAAUGCCAAAACCAUUCGCAAUGACAAUUCAUCGAGGUUUGGCAAAUACAUAGACAUACACUUUAGCGCCAAUGGCGUGAUCGAGGGAGCCAAAAUCGAACAAUAUCUGCUGGAGAAGUCACGAAUUGUUUCCCAAAAUCAUAGUGAACGCAAUUAUCAUGUGUUUUACUGCAUUUUGGCCGGACUAUCGGCGGAGGAGAAGAGUCGCCUUGAUCUUGGCAUGGCUGCUGAUUAUAAAUAUCUGACUGGUGGCAAUAGCAUAACAUGCGAGGGACGCGAUGAUGCUGCCGAAUUUUCCGACAUUCGAUCCGCCAUGAAGGUUCUGCUCUUCUCCGAUCAGGAAAUCUGGGAGAUUAUCAAGCUGUUGGCUGCCCUGCUGCACUGUGGCAACAUCAAGUACAAGGCAACUGUGGUGGAUAAUCUGGACGCCACCGAGAUACCGGAGCACAUCAAUGUGGAGCGUGUGGCCGGACUGCUUGGACUUCCCAUUCAGCCGCUGAUUGACGCUCUGACACGUCGCACACUAUUUGCUCACGGCGAGACGGUGGUGUCCACUCUGUCGCGGGAUCAAUCUGUGGAUGUGCGCGAUGCCUUCGUAAAGGGCAUUUACGGACGAAUGUUUGUGCACAUCGUCCGGAAGAUAAACACGGCUAUUUUCAAGCCGCGCGGCACCUCACGGAACGCCAUCGGAGUGCUGGACAUCUUUGGCUUUGAGAACUUCGAUCAGAACAGCUUUGAGCAGUUUUGCAUCAAUUAUGCCAAUGAGAAUCUGCAGCAGUUCUUUGUGCAGCACAUUUUCAAACUGGAACAGGAGGAGUACAACCACGAGGCCAUCAAUUGGCAGCAUAUCGAGUUUGUGGACAAUCAGGAUGCCCUUGACUUGAUAGCUAUUAAGCAGCUGAACAUUAUGGCUUUGAUCGAUGAGGAGGCCCGCUUUCCCAAGGGCACGGAUACAACGAUGCUGGCCAAACUGCACAAGACCCAUGGAGCGCACAAGAACUAUCUGAAGCCCAAGUCGGACAUUAACACCAGCUUCGGAUUGAACCACUUUGCCGGCGUAGUGUUUUACGAUACGCGUGGAUUUCUAGACAAAAACCGAGACACCUUCAGUCCUGAUCUCCUGCACUUGGUUAGCCAGAGUGGCAACAAGUUCCUGCGCCAAAUCUUUGCCCAGGACAUUGAAAUGGGUGCAGAGACGAGGAAGCGAACGCCCACACUGUCCACUCAGUUCAGGAAAUCGCUAGAUGCGCUGAUGAAGACGCUCUGCAGCUGUCAGCCAUUCUUUAUUCGAUGUAUCAAACCCAACGAGCUGAAAAAGCCGAUGAUGUUCGACCGUGGUUUGUGCUGUCGUCAGCUGCGUUACUCUGGCAUGAUGGAAACGAUCCGGAUUCGUCGUGCUGGCUAUCCCAUUCGGCAUGGAUUCCGGGAGUUCGUAGAACGGUAUCGUUUUCUAAUACCCGGAGUGCCGCCAGCUCAUCGCACGGAUUGCCAGGCGGCUACUUCAAGGAUUUGUGCCGUGGUUCUGGGCAAGUCCGACUAUCAACUGGGCCACACCAAGGUCUUCCUGAAGGAUGCCCACGAUCUGUUUCUGGAACAGGAGCGAGAUCGAGUGUUGACGCGAAAAAUCCUCAUUUUGCAGCGCAGCAUUCGUGGUUGGGUGUACCGACGAAGGUUCCUGCGCCUGCGCGCCGCUGCCAUCACAGUGCAGAGAUUCUGGAAGGGCUAUGCCCAGCGCAAACGUUACCGGAACAUGCGAGUGGGCUACAUGCGUUUGCAGGCCCUAAUCCGAUCGAGAGUCCUGUCCCAUCGAUUCCGCCAUCUAAGGGGUCACAUUGUCGGUCUGCAGGCCCAUGCUCGGGGAUAUCUGGUGAGGCGGGAGUAUGGUCACAAGAUGUGGGCCGUCAUCAAGAUCCAGUCGCAUGUGCGACGAAUGAUUGCCAUGCGUCGGUACCGGAAACUUCGCUUGGAGCACAAGCAGUUCGCCGAGGUGCUCCAGCUUCGCAAGCUGGAGGAGCAGGAGCUACUGCAUCGCGGCAAUAAGCAUGCCCGGGAAAUUGCCGAACAACAUUACCGAGAUCGAUUGCACGAACUGGAGCGUCGGGAGAUUCAGGAACAAAUGGAAAAUCGUCGUCGAGUGGAGGUCAAUAUGAAUAUUAUCAAUGAUGCAGCACGCAAACAGGAGGAGCCGGUGGACGAUGGCAAACUGGUGGAGGCCAUGUUCGACUUUCUGCCCGAUUCCAGUAGCGAUGCACCCACUCCGCAUGGCGGUAGAGAAACGUCCGUGUUCAAUGAUUUGCCCCAUGCGCAAAACGUCAACCAGGAGGAUAUUAUUGCACCCAUGCACAUCUCCGAGGAUGAGGAAGAUCUGUCGGAAUUCAAGUUUCAGAAAUUCGCAGCCACUUACUUUCAGGGGAAUGUGAAUCAUCAGUAUGCUAAGAAGGCUCUAAAGCACCCACUUCUUCCACUUCACACGCAAGGCGAUCAACUUGCGGCGCAGGCCUUGUGGAUCACAAUACUCAGGUUCACUGGUGAUAUGCCGGAGCCCAAGUAUCAUACAAUGGAUCGAAUGGAUACCACAUCCGUAAUGUCCAAGGUCACGGCCACAUUGGGGCGUAAUUUUAUAAGGAGUAAGGAAUUCCAAGAGGCUCAGCUCAUGGGCCUGGAUCCCGAUGCCUUUCUCAAGCAAAAACCGCGCUCGAUCCGCCACAAACUGGUAUCUCUGACCCUGAAACGAAAGAACAAGUUGGGCGAAGAUGUGCGCCGACGGCUGCAGGACGACGAAUACACGGCGGAUAGCUACCAAUCGUGGCUGCAAUCGCGUCCCACCUCGAACCUGGAGAAGCUGCACUUCAUCAUUGGCCAUGGCAUCCUGCGAGCCGAGCUGCGUGACGAAAUCUACUGCCAGAUAUGCAAGCAGCUGACCAACAACCCCCUGAAGUCCUCGCAUGCCAGGGGAUGGAUUCUGCUCUCACUGUGCGUGGGCUGCUUUGCGCCUUCGGAGAAGUUUGUCAACUAUUUGAGGGCCUUCAUCCGUGAGGGUCCGCCGGGAUAUGCGCCGUAUUGUGAGGAGCGACUGAAGCGAACCUUCAACAAUGGAACCCGCAAUCAACCGCCUUCGUGGCUGGAGUUGCAGGCCACCAAAUCGAAGAAGCCCAUUAUGCUCCCGAUUACGUUUAUGGAUGGCAAUACGAAGACUCUGCUGGCCGACUCCGCCACCACGGCCCGGGAGCUGUGCAAUCAAUUGUCGGACAAGAUAACGCUCAAAGAUCAGUUCGGUUUCUCACUGUACAUAGCGCUGUUCGACAAAGUCAGCUCCUUGGGCAGUGGCGGCGACCAUGUGAUGGACGCCAUCUCACAGUGCGAGCAGUAUGCAAAGGAGCAGGGCGCCCAGGAGCGAAACGCGCCGUGGCGUCUGUUCUUCCGCAAGGAAAUCUUUGCACCCUGGCACGAGCCCACCCACGAUCAGGUGGCCACGAACCUCAUUUACCAGCAGGUCGUUAGGGGUGUUAAAUUUGGCGAAUAUCGCUGCGACAAGGAGGAGGACCUGGCCAUGAUUGCUGCGCAGCAAUACUUUAUCGAAUACUCUACAGAUAUGUCCAUGGAGCGGUUGUUCACCCUGCUGCCCAACUUUAUACCCGACUUUUGUCUCAGCGGUGUGGACAAGGCCAUCGAACGCUGGGCCGCUUUGGUUCUGCAGGCCUAUAAGAAAUCCUACUAUGUCAAGGACAAGAUUGCGCCGCUGAAGAUAAAAGAGGACAUCGUCAGCUAUGCCAAGUACAAGUGGCCCCUGCUCUUUUCGCGCUUCUACGAAGCCUAUCGCAACUCAGGUCCGAAUCUGCCCAAGAACGAUGUCAUCAUAGCGGUCAACUGGACGGGCGUCUAUGUGGUGGACGAUCAGGAGCAGGUCCUGCUCGAAUUAAGCUUCCCCGAAAUCACAGCCGUAUCCAGUCAGAAGACCAACAAAGUGUUCACCCAGACAUUCAGUCUAUCCACGGUUCGGGGCGAGGAGUUCACGUUCCAGAGUCCCAAUGCUGAGGAUAUUCGAGAUCUGGUUGUCUACUUCUUGGAUGGCCUGAAAAAGCGUUCGAAAUUUGUUAUAGCCCUUCAGGACUAUCGCGCACCUUCGGAUGGUACGAGUUUUCUGUCAUUCUUCAAGGGUGAUCUGAUCAUACUCGAGGACGAAUCCUGCGGUGAAUCAGUGCUUAACAACGGCUGGUGCAUAGGUCGCUGCGAUCGCUCCCAGGAGCGUGGCGAUUUCCCAGCCGAAACGGUCUAUGUCCUGCCGACGCUUAGUAAACCACCGCAGGAUAUUCUCGCCCUGUUUAACAUCGAGGAGGCCCAUCAUGGACGUCGUUUGAGCAUGGCUUCCAAUGGCGGUGCGGUGGAGCCAAGGGAUCGACCGCAUACGUUAAUGGAGUACGCCCUGGACCAUUUCCGUUUGCCCCCGAAACGCACCAUGUCCAAGACACUCACCCUGAGCUCGAAACGAAGUGAAGAACUGUGGCGCUAUGCCCGGGAUCCCAUCAAGGCGCCGCUGCUACGCAAGUUGCAAAGCAAAGAGGAGUUCGCCGAGGAAGCCUGCUUCGCCUUUGCGGCCAUACUGAAGUAUAUGGGAGAUCUGCCUUCGAAGCGACCCCGGAUGGGCAACGAAAUCACGGAUCACAUAUUUGAUGGACCGCUUAAGCACGAGAUUCUGCGCGAUGAGAUCUAUUGUCAGCUGAUGAAACAGUUGACGGACAACCGCAACCGGAUGUCCGAGGAGAGGGGCUGGGAGCUGAUGUGGUUGGCCACUGGACUGUUUGCCUGCUCGCAGGGUUUGCUCAAGGAGUUGCUGCUGUUCCUGCGCAGUCGGCGUCAUCCCAUCUCACAGGACUCAAUGCAUCGACUGCAAAAGACCAUACGCCAUGGACAACGCAAAUAUCCACCGCAUCAGGUGGAGGUGGAGGCCAUACAGCACAAAACCACACAGAUCUUCCACAAGGUCUACUUCCCGGACGACACGGACGAAGCCUUCGAGGUGGACAGCUCCACGCGGGCCAAGGACUUCUGCAACAACAUCUCGCAACGCCUAUCGCUUCGCACCAGCGAGGGCUUCUCCCUGUUUGUGAAGAUUGCCGAUAAGGUCAUCUCGGUGCCCGAAGGCGAUUUCUUCUUCGACUUCGUACGCCAUCUGACCGACUGGAUAAAGAAGGCGCGACCCAUACGCGAUGGGGCGAAUCCGCAGUUCACCUACCAGGUCUUCUUCAUGAAGAAACUGUGGACGAACACAGUGCCAGGCAAGGAUCGGAAUGCCGAUCUCAUAUUCCACUAUCACCAGGAGUUGCCCAAGCUGUUGCGCGGCUAUCACAAGUGUUCCCGGGAGGAGGCGGCCAAGCUGGCGGCUCUCGUCUUUCGCGUUCGCUUCGGUGAAAAUAAACAAGAACUGCAGGCCAUACCGCAAAUGCUGAGAGAACUUAUUCCAUCGGAUAUUAUGAAAAUGCAGAGCACUAGCGAAUGGAAACGAUCGAUUGUGGCCUCUUAUAACCAGGAUGGCGGCAUGACUUCCGAAGAUGCCAAAGUGGCCUUCUUAAAGAUCGUUUACAGAUGGCCAACCUUUGGUUCCGCUUUCUUCGAGGUGAAACAAACCACCGAACCAAACUAUCCCGAAAUGCUACUAAUAGCCAUUAACAAACACGGCGUGAGUCUCAUACACCCAGUGACCAAGGAUAUAUUGGUCACACAUCCUUUUACACGCAUCUCGAACUGGUCCUCGGGCAAUACAUAUUUCCACAUGACCAUCGGCAAUCUGGUGAGGGGCUCGAAACUGUUGUGCGAAACGUCGCUGGGCUACAAGAUGGACGAUCUGCUGACUUCAUAUAUUUCGUUGAUGUUGACCAAUAUGAACAAGAAUCGAACAAUACGAGCCAACUAGUAAAUCCUACAAUUACCGCAAAUAUUUAUAAUAAUUAUAAAUAACAAUUGCAAUAACUUAUACAUGCCUAGUACUUUCUAGUUUUAAGUGAUUCCUUAUACCCACCCCCUUUGUUCUAAUUGCAUUCCCUCCUCGGAGAAAUCAUUCCAAUUUUGGCCUUGUUCAGCUAUCGAUUAUACCAAACCAAUUUCCAAUUUUGUUUGUUUUUAUUUGUAUAAAUUUUGCAAUUAUGCUCUUAGUUAUUCUUAUGGCACAUUCCGAUUAAAUUAUUAAAUACGAUGUUUUGUAUGAAGAAAAGGUCUUACAUAUCCAUAGAUAAGCAUUUGUAUCUACGCAUUUUGCAUCUAUCUCUUUGUAUAUCCUAACUGCAUAUCUGUACUGAUGACGUUUUGUAUCAAAUACAUAGAAAUGUUCAAUUAUUAAAUAAAUUAUAUACAAUUUA